AUGGUACGUACAUAUUUAAAUUUUUCUAUAUUCCAUUAUUGUUAUAAGUUACAAAAUACAUCGACAGCAAAUAGAGCGCAUUGUAUACAAAAGAAGCAGAGGCAACUUAGACCCAAGUCGGCCGGCAGAAAUAGAGACGAGCUAAACGCAAAUAAAGAGAUGUCUCCAAUAAAAUCAGGCCGCCCGGAAAGAGAAAAAUUAUUGCCUGCACCUAAGAGACAAUCUAAUCCAAUACCUAAACGGCCCGAAGCUUUGUUGGGGAAUAAAACUCCAAGACCUGUAAUCAAGGUACCAGUAACACAGAAACAACCGGGUAGAUACUCUUAUUUAUACAAAAACGACUUGGAACUUCCUGAUCAGGAAACAAUAAAGAAAAGAGAGGAACUAGAAGUGCAACAAAGUAACAUAUCGGAUACAACACAACCAUUUAGCGAUUUGAAUGAAAAAGAUUCUAUAACUUCGCGGAGCGACAAAUUAAUGCAACUCAAAAUAAGUUGGCAAGAAAAUAAUGUUCAAUUUGAAAAAUUGAGAAAUGAGCUUAAAGAUAGACAGAGGCUGAUAAUGGAACUUUACGCAACGUUGCGGUCAACCCACCAAAAGAUGUGCGCGUUGGGUCAAAAAGUCAACCUUCCGGCCGCCGAUGAAUUAAAUAUUAUGAAUGUGGCCAAAUUGACACCAGAACAACUAUUAGAGUUAUGCGCCACCUCAAAACAACGGGAUGAUUCCCAGACAUUUGAAAAGAGUCUGAACAUUGAUACAAAUAAAAUAUAUAAUAUACCUUCGAAAUUGGUAGCAACAUGUGAACAGACAUUGAUUAAAAGGAAAGAAAUCAUCGACUGGUUUGAGACAUUAAAAACAUUAGAGAAGGGCAUAAGUAUGCAUAAACUAUCUAAAAAAAUAAACGAGUUUAAUGCUGAAAAUGAAAUGCUUACUUGUUCUCUAGAUAAAGUCAAAGUAGAAUUUUACACGGAAUUAAACAAAAUUGCCGACUUUAUAAGAAAAGGUAUCAACGAGACAAUAGCACUUCAACUGCGUACAGAAGAAUUAACAUAUGAAUUGUCUGAACUGAGUUCGCAGAAUAUUGAUCUCCGGAAGCAACUGUACAAUGCAGAUCACUUGAAAUCACAAAGUAACAGAGGCAGAUUAGAGCAACUUGAAAAAGAGCUCAAAGAGGAGAAAUGUAAGAAAACUGUGAUUAAAGAUCGAUUAACUCGUGCUGAAGGACAAAUCAAAAUAGGCACUGAACGAGCAUCGCAAUUAGAGGCUGCAUUGGAGCAGGCUCGCACCCAAACAUGGACAUUAGAGCGGACCGUGCAACAAUUGCAAGAUCAAAAUCAAAAGUUACAAGUGGAUUUUGACAAGGAACUUAAUAAAUUAACGCAAUCCAUUAGAGAGAAUACUGUCCAUUUAGAAGAGAUAGCCGAUGCUCGAGGGAAAUUGCAGACAGAGAAAGAAGAUUUGGAGAAACGUCUUAAUGAAUUAUCUGAACACUACAAUGAAUCGCUAAAAAAUAUGAAGCAUGAAAUUAAUGUAAACGUUGUUAAAUUUAUUGAAACUGAUAAGAAAUGUCAAGUAGAGAUAGAAGAGAAAAAGAGAUUACAAGAAAUGAAUGAAUCCUUACGUGCACAGCUACUUGAAUCUGAAUUGCGAAGUAAGGAAUUAUAUGGCGAACUGCGUGAUAAAAAAACAAAACUGGAUGAAUACAUGAAAAAUCAUAAAGAAUUAGAGGAAACUAAACGUGAAUUAAAUGAUGUUAAUGUCCAAGUAGAGAAAUAUAGAAAUCAGCUCAUAUUACAAAGUGAAGCAAUAAAGGAUAUAGAGUAUAAUUUCAAAGAAUCAGUAAAUAUGCAGGAAAAUUUUAAACGCGAUUUGAGUAAUAAAGAAGAAUAUAUUUCUGAACUAGAGAAAAAGCAGUCUUUAUUAGAAGAACAAUUACAAGAAAGCGAGUCAAAAAUGAGUUCAUACGAAGAGCAACUUACAUCAUUAAAAAAACAUAUAUCACAACUCAAAUCAGAUUUCGGCGAACUUGAAAAUCGCAAUGAAAUUAAUGACUUGGUAAAUCAACAACGAAAUGAACUAUUAGAAGCUAAUCGACAGAAUGAAGAAUUGACAAAAGCUUUGCAAAAUAAAGAUGUAGAAUUAGAAAAUUUAAUGGAACAAGAGCAACUUAUAACAGAACAAAGAGAUGAUAUUAUAAAAGUACUGUCCAAGAAAGAUGAAGAACAGACAAAUAUUAUAAAAUUGUUGCGCAAUAAUUUAGAAAUGAGAGUACAGGCGGAUACUGAUCUUAACCAGCAAAUUUUCGAGAAAAAUUCUCAAAUAGAAUCACUUAUUAACAACUUAGAUUCUAAUAAAAAUGAAAUAUCUGAUUUAGAGAACAUAAUAUUAACUCUAAAAGAUCAAAGUAGGAAAUUGAAUGUUCAAAGUAUAAAAUAUCAAGAUAAAAUAACUGAAUUAGAAAAUAAACUUCAACAAUACGAAUUACUAAAUAUGGAAACUAAAAAUGGUAUAGAAACUCCAAAUAAUAACCUGGAUAACUUAAUUAAAAUUCUGGAAAAUGAAUUAGGAAUGCCUUUAGAAUCUCAACCAAAUAUUGAAGAACAAGAGUACCCAUCAGGUGGGAAAUAUGGUGGAGAACAUAGGCGCGAUAAACCUAAAGACUUUGAUUACCGUGAAGGUAAUACUAUCUAUCAUUCAGGUCCAGAUUCUGUACCAACAAAGAUUGUAAUGGGCAAUUUCGUUAAGAAAACGUACAUACCUACAAAAGAUGAAAUAUUCAAAAGCGAUAAUCUUGACCAUAAGAAGGCCAUUACAAAUAUGAAUACGCAAGGAUGGGUUUUAGGACCUGAUCCCGGAAUUAAUAAAGUAAACUUCCAGCAAUUAAGAGGAGUAAUAUCACCAACUGGACAACGAAUUGCCAAUUACUCGCCAAAUUUGCGUUACUUAAUACCUAAUCAACCACGAGAUGACAAAAAAUGUAAAAUGUUUAAGUUGGCUGGUCAUAAACUGUAAACUGUACUAUGUCGCAUCUGCUGUUUCGACUGUCAAUGUAAAAUUUAAUGUCUUUUGU